GGCUAGGCUCGGACGACACCGAAAUAUGUGUCAUUUCAUUGCGAUAAAACCACCGAAAAAUAGACGAAUGAAGAAAUACUAAUAAUGUAAGUUUGAACAAAAGGAUGUGUAGUAGAUGAAAGAGGAAGGAUUCGCGUUAAUGACGCGUUGUCGCUUUUUGUUUCUCGUCCUCUUUGCCUUUAUUGUCUUGUCUAGGUUACUUUGAUCUUUUUAAAGAUGGCGCACAAUUACAAAGCGUCUUUAUCUUUUAUUAACUUUUAAUGUCAAAUUAAAAUAAUCUUUAUGAUAAUGGCGGAGGUUCGUAUCCGUGUGGCGGUUCGGUUGCGUCCACUCUUGCCCAGGGAGCUCCUGCACACCCACCGGGAGUGUCUGCGGGUAGUGCCCGGGGCCCCGCAGGUGAUGCUCGGUUCCGACCAGCUCUUUUCCUUCGAUCACGCCUUUGGACCGAGCUCCAGCCAGGAUGAAGUGUACGAGUCUUGCGUUAAGCCGCUGACCAACUGCUUACUGGACGGAACCAACGCCACCGUGUUCUGUUACGGUCAAACCGGGUCUGGGAAGACAUACACGCUGGGUGGGAACAAGAUGGAUGCAGAAGGCGGCAUCAUCUCCUGCUUCGCCAAGGAUGUCUUCUCCCUGCUGGACAAGAAGAAGCAGAGGAGUAGCGAUGGCGUGGACGCCACCAUGCGCCUGUCCUACCUGGAGCUGUACAAGGAGGAGCUGCGUGACCUUCUGGAGCUGGACACCGCACGCAAAGACCUCCACAUCCGGGAUGACUUCAGGGGAAACACAGUGGUGGUGGGAGCCAAAGAGGUGGUGGUCUCCUCCUCCGAGGAGCUCCUCAACGUCCUGGAGGUGGGCAACGCCUUACGACAAACGGGCAUCACCGGCAUGAACCAGCAGUCCAGUCGCUCCCACACCAUCCUCACGCUGUGGCUCAGCCAGACCUUCCCUGACAAGUCCUCCAAGGCAGUGCGCCUCUCCAAAUUCUGCGUGGUCGACCUAGCGGGCUCGGAACGCGUCGGGAAAACGGGCAACACGGGGCUCCGGUUCGAGGAGUCGGUCCACAUCAACACGGGCCUCCUGGCGCUGGGCAACGUCAUCCGGGCCCUGGCUAAUCCCAGUAGACAACGCAGCGCCUAUAUUCCCUACCGCCACGCCAAGAUCACACGCCUGCUACGUGACUCUCUAGGGGGCAAUGCCUGCACCCUAUUGGUGGCAUGUGUAAGCCCCUCCCACUACAGUUUUGCAGAAAGCCUAAGCGUACUCAAGUUUGCUUCCAAAUCUCGUCACAUUCGCCGUCAUGCAGAAGUGAGCUCACCUGACGCCGAAGACAGCCUUCCUUCAACGUUGACAUCCGACAACUCGAAUCUGACCUCCACGUACAGCCAUGUGGACUACGGCGCCCAAACACGUAGACCGCCGUUGGAGCAGACCAGCCAUCCUGAGGACGACAGCCCAGCAAGAGAAGCAUCUGGUUACGCUUCACUGGUCUAUCAGGCGGCUAAUCUUCUGGCCGAGGUCUGCGGCACGAAGACUAACGACUCCUUCACGCGUCGAGUGGAGGAGUGGAACGAGAGACUGAAGGCCGUCAGCCAAUCACGUCACAUUGAGGACGGCAUCUGGUCGGAGGAGAGCGACUCGCCCCAUCUUGUCACUGAAGACCUGGAUAGAUGUCAGGAGUCUCUGGACGCAGAGUCUCAGCUGUUGAAGCAAAAAGAUGCUAAAGUGCAAAAGGAAGUUCAGGAGCUCUUGCAGAAGCAAAACAUCUCCAUGCAGGCCUUUUGUGAGGAGAAGGAACAGACGGAGCGCCUGGUGGACCAGCAGAUCCUCAUUGACCGUCUCCGCUGCGACCUCAUGAGGCUGAGGGGUAAAACAUGCUGCAGGGGUCAACACGGACCUCACAGCGCCAGCUUGAUCCGACCCAGUUGUGGACACAUGCUGAUCAGCAAGAUGCACUCCAGUCUUCCGGCUGAGUCGCUGCAGAGGCUGAUGGCGACUUUUAAAGUGAGCAGCCAUCGCCUGCAGAGUGAGGAGGAAGUGAAGGAUUUCUGUCCUCUUCUCAAGCAAACGCCAGAGGUCAGAGGCCAGUCGGCGAGAGACGGGAAGGACUUUGUGAGUGGGUUUGGAUGGACCAGCAGGCAGAAGAAGUCGGCCCUGAAAGAAAAGACGUUGGGACAGGCGCAAACGUCCAAGAAAAGUCCUCUACGAGGCACCAGCACCUAUGAGCAAUAUCGUACUAGGCAGCGGACCUUCUUGACUCAGAGGAGGAUCCAGCUGCUGUCAGCCAACAUAUCCUUAAAAGAGGAGCUGGUCAAAGAGAUGGAAAAAACCGAGAGGGACACGCUCGCGGCGGUGCGGCACGAGUCGGGCGACCUCAGAGAGGACGACGUGCUGACGUGGCUGUCGGAGCAGAGCAGGCAGGGCCGAGCCGUGCUGCGUCAAAGCCUGCAGCACAUGGACCUGCAGAGGACUCAGUUGCAGAGGAGCCUCAGGAGGACUACCAGCCCAGAGAGCAGCGACAGCCCUGAAGAAUGCACCCCCGACAGGGUGGACAGUGUUGCAUAUUUAAACGUGUGCAGAAAGCAACAUCAGCCGGGGUCACAGGAGCCACGUGGGCGCUGUUGGCUGGAGGAGGCCGAGGAGUCGGAGCUGCAGAGGAGAGCCAAGCAGCAGGAGCUGGAGGAGGAGCUCAGGAGGAACCAGGAGGUGCUUCAACGCAGGGACGCCUGCCUGCAGCAGAAGAACAAACUGGAGAUGGAGAAGCUCCGCUCCAGUCAGGCUUUGAGUCAGGACUUUCUCAGAGUGUCGGUGCAAUUGGAAACACUGGAGGAGAAGAUGGCCAACUAUGGCGGCGCCAAUCACGCAACACAGGCGUCAACGGAGGAGCUCGAGAGCGAACGAGAGACGCUUAGAAAACAGAGAGACAGCCUGGAUGCACAACUUAAGGCCAGCACAGUGCUCACUGUGGAGGAAGAGCAGUUGGAGGAAACAUUACAAGUUCUGGACGCUGCUCUAGACUUCAAGGAGCAAUCCAUUAAGGACCAACAGGAGAAGAUGCCGUCAUCGAGUGAGGGCACCUUUCUCUUUGACGUCACCAGGAAACUGAGGACGCUCUCGCAAACAGAAGCAUCCGAACUGCUUGUGAAAUACUUCAACAAAGUGAUCGGCCUCCGCCAGACGGAACGCAGCUUGCGUUUGUACUGCGAGGAGCUGGAGAUCUGCUACAGCGAGCAGAAGGCGGCGCGCGUGCAGCUGGAGGCCUUCAUGCAACACUUGGCCUUGGAUGCCGACUGCAGACUCACCCUGCAGCAACAAGAGCAUCAGAGGAACAUCCAGUUGUUGCUGCACAAACGUAAAGAGAGCAUCCCGGGAGAAACACAUCAGGUAAUCCAAGACCGCCUCCAGAACCUGGAGAAAGAACUCUUCUUCUACAAGCACUGCAGCCGCAAGCUGAGGAAGCAGCUGAAAGAGUCGCAGCAGGACGCCCGUCCCGACGACCCCGCCCAAUCCAAAGAAGCAAAGACACACCCCGAGCGACAACAGAGCCCCACCUCGUCGUUUUCGUCCCCCGAGCUGCACGGCGGCGCCAAGGUACCCGCCGAGUACAACCAGAUCGGCGCCCUGGCACGUUUCCACGGCUACGGCGAGAAAUGGCCCACCUACCAGCACGGGCCACGUUCGACGGUCGGCAUCCGGCGCAGGAAGCUGAGGGAGCUCUCCCCCGCCGACGUCCAAACCCGGGAUUCCGUGGUGGACACCGGCAUCGAGAUGCUGUCAGACGACUCGCUGGACGCGUCCACCAGCAGCCAUGGUUAGGACGGUGCACGUGUGCCUAAUGUUGUGGCCGGUGAGUGGACGUUCCUACUAUUUUUCACACCACAGUCUUAGUGGAGUACGGAGCCCCUAAAGGGAC